UCAGGUACUUUACGACAUUAGGUAAUCUUUGGUGCCUUAGACAAUGAUUACCUUAUCUUAGCAUUAGGUACGCUGCGAUAGGCGAUUGAAUCCGAUUGAUCGCCCAGUUCCAUCUGAGCAUAUGGUAUUCCGGCACGACUACCACUCCCAAGAGCCUCAUCUCUCCGCUCCCAACUUCUGUAUUAGGACAUCUAUCUCCGACUUAGUCUGGUUCAGUUCCAUUCAACUGUCCCCGACACCUCGAGAAUCUCACCAACAGUCCUAUCCCGACCUGGCCUCCGUCGCAGUUUGAGAUGCAGUUUUCAAUAUCGUAGCAACCUCCUCGAUCGUGUUGUAAUACCCGCGUGCUUGUUCCCCUUCUUGGUCCCCUCUCCCGAAGGGCUCACUUUGGCUCUGGUAUGUCUACAUGGAGAAAGAUGCGAGGUUUCUUUCUGAGUGAGGAAGAGCUGGGUAAGAAGGAUGACGAUCGCAAGACCUCUAAGAAUGGCGCCGGCCUACGACAGUCGACGAAUUGGCAUCCUACCCGAGUCCCUCCGCGGCGGUCGCUUAAACGCCUAGCGCUCGGGUUUAUCGUCGCCCUCCUCAUCUACCUCUUCUUUAGAAAUAUCCCGGUUCUCGGACCUGACCAACGGAUGCGCCGCCCUAAUUAUGCGUCCUCAGACCUUGCUGCGGCCCCGAAAUUCACUAAACCCUCUCCCCCCGGCAGAGCUCCGCCAUCCAGAUAUAAUGCUCGGCCUGCAACCGCUCCGGAGCAAGCAUUCAAUGGGCCUGUGAAGUUCCUCGAGUUGGCGGCGACGCUGCAUGCUAUUGGCGAUACCAAAGGGAGCAUGCCGAUCAAUAGGAACAUCCUCUUCGCGUCUUCAAGCCUUAAGAGCUCAGCAACGCUGCUACCCAUCGCCUGCCAGAUGGCAAGUGAAUUGAAGAACUACGUACAUUUUGCGCUGAUGAGUCGGAGCGAGAUUAGCAUACAGGAGCUACGCAAAGUCAAUGGUAUCGACCAUUCCUGCCCGAUCAUAUUCCACGAUGCCCGUCCUGAUCAUGUCGCGCUGUCAGCCGAUGAUCGAAUGGAAAAUGCCGUCUUUCGCGCAUUUCAUCACAUUUACAAUUACAUGCACCCUCAAGCCACCUUCGUAGACGGAUCAAGUGACGAGGAGCCAUUCUUUCUGCGAGCCGCCCAACAGCAUACUAGCGUUAAGCAGAAUACGUUAAUCGAGUUGCCACGUAAAUCUGCGAAGGGACUUGAAUGGCUGUCUAAGUUGGACAGUCAGUCGUUGCAUAAAUGGAAUAAAAUCCAUAUUGAUAUUCUUAUUCACACCGUACCCGGAGCAUCGGGGAGCUUGAUCAGACUUCUCAGGUCCUUGAGUGAGGCAGACUAUACCCCAGGGUCUGUUCCUCAUCUCACUAUUGAACUUCCUCACCGAGUCGACCCUCCGACUAAAUACUUUCUUGAAACCUUCAUGUGGCCACCCCCUCAGGUUUAUAACCCGACCAAUGCUCAGUACCUUUCUCUUCGACGUCGUACCCCAUAUGAAUUGAUGAACGAGGAAGAAAGUUCAGCACGCUUUCUUGAAUCGUUCUGGCCCACCGUGCCGGAAAAUUCACACGUACUAGUGCUCUCUCCACAGGCCGAGUUAUCGCCUCAAUUCUUCCACUAUCUAAAAUACUCGUUAUUGGAGUAUAGGUACUCGGCGAUGUCUGCUGCUCGACACUGGGACCGCCAGCUUUUCGGGAUCAGCCUCGAGCAACCACUCAAGUUGCUAGAUGGGAAGGGCGAAUUGAAUAAGCCUCCACCUCAGAAAAACACUGGCUGGGGAGACCAAGGUGUCGGUGAUGCUCCGAGCUCGUUUCUUUGGCAAGCGCCCACUAGCAACGCAAUACUCAUUCUUGGAGAGAAGUGGAUGGAGCUGCAUGACUUUGUAUCUCGAUCCCUGGAGGUUAAACGAAAUUCAGACCCCGCACCGCCACUUUUAACAUCCAAGGUCGUAAGCACACAAUAUCCAUCUUGGUUAGAGCAUGCCUUGAGACUGGCUCGAGCGCGCGGUUAUUGGACAUUGUAUCCGGGUGACCACACGGCCAGAAAUCUGGCCACGGUCCAUAACGAGCUACACCGCAUGCCCGAGGAAUAUACCCACCCAGGGAGCCCAACCCCACUCCUAGCCGACGAUGCGAGUGAUAGGGACAUCGAGGAGGCCAGGCAGAAGAUACGUUCAGGCCCCGAGGUAGCCCUCGCACCGGUGUCUAUGCUCGACAGUCUCACCCACGAUGGGAACCUGCGCCCGCUUGGCGACCUACCCGCACUCACAUGGGACGGUCUCCCGAUAGAUUCUGAUGAAUUGUACUCCCUAUCCAGGGAGUAUGCGAAGGAGUUCAGAGAGAAGGUUGGUGGCUGCUCUGCGGAUUCCACGGACACGCAAAAGCAGAUGGAGGAUCUAUUUUGCGUUGCAAACUGAAAGCAAUAGUGUAGGUAUAGGGUCUCAACUGGCUUUGGAUUCACCGUGCCAUGUUUGGGGACGCACACAAGGGUAAUAUAGGUAUAUGGACGAGUUGUCAAACGGAAUGUGCUCGUCUUGAAUUCUAGGAUCUGACGAGUUUAAAUAGGUAGGUAAGAAUGCCGCGUGUAAAGAGGUAGGUAAAUAUUGGGGUUUGUGUCCGAGACAAGCCUCACCUCGACUCCCUGGGGUAUGAGUUCUGAUUAAUGCCCCGCUUCUACUUUGGCAAUUACCAACAGUAUCACGCAAGUGCCCACGAUGGAUAGGGAAAUGAGAGACAUGAUCUUGCAGGUUUGUUAAUACGCAGAGCCUAUUCCCGUGACAGGCACGCGGC